AUGGCGAUGAUCACCAAAAUCCUCAUGCUUGGUGCCGUGGUUCUGGCUGAUGCCUCCCUGCAGACGACAGGAAGCGCUAAGCCUGCCACUUACACAAACAGCACCAACGGCACAAAGUACGACGAGCAUGAGGAGCAGGAGUAUGUUGACGCCACCGUCGCGGAGCUAGACCCAGAGGGCGAACUGGUCAUGAUGGAAACCGAUGUGUCAUGCGCCAGUGCAGAGAAGUCCGGCCGUGGUUGGUGGGUCGGUGGAGACAAGAUGUGGGGCAGCGGAAGGGGCAUUGAAAACGUCCACGGCAACAAUGUCGGAUACUACAACUCAGGUAUGGACGCAGCUCACUCGCGCUGCGGCGGGAGCAGCUGUGCCUUGAUCGUGAACCCCCCCGGCCACCGCAGCAUCAAUCAGUUCCACAUCCACUUCUUUCACUAUGCUGGCUAUGGUUCCAACCUCAAAGGCAGGCUUGAAAGGCGGGUCUGCGGCAAGAGCGGCUGGAGGAGUGGUGGCCUGCCAUGCCAUGGCAAGGCCAAGUACGUCAGCGGCUGGCCUCGCGUUUUUUCCGUCGCGCUUGGAGGUGGUGGCAUGCACCACGCCAGCGUGAUUGCUUGGCCCGGCGCAUGUGGCAACCGUGGAACCAUCGUCCAGCUUGCUUAUGGCUGCAGCAUUGAGCACCAGAUCCGGGGGGAUUAUGACCCCUCCAAGCGAUAG